ACACUUUUAGUAACGAUCCCACGCACAGUUUUAUAAAUGAGACCCCAGACUGUUUCUCUGUCUAGUGCUCUCAGCUCUGCUGCUCGUGUGUGCACUGUGCGCGUGCAUAUCGUGGAGAGUUCAUACAGCAGUUUAAUAAUAACAAUAAUAAUAAUAAUAAUAAUAAUAGAUUCAAUUUAUAUAGGGCUUUUCUCACACUCAAAGUGCUUUAAAACGCGCUUAGUUUAGCGCCAAUAAACAGCGGUCUUUGUCAUAGUUUCCGUCGAAAAUCGGAUGGGGGUUGGAUUUAAAGUAUUCGGGGAAGCCCCGGAAACCUAUAUCUACACCGAUGAUACCAGUUACAAUUGCAAACAACCGCUAAAUCACCACAAUGUUUCUCGCUCUGCACUGGCUCACACAUCAACGCAUUUGAAGAGGCCGACACGGUGAAUGAAUGCAGUGCACUCACGUGGCGUGGGGGCGGAGACAGGUGUUAGGGGUGUGGAGGGGAGAGGACGUCAUGUUGAGGAAGCGAAACCUAAAGCACACCGACGUGUAAGUAGUUCUCUCUCUAUCAGGAGAAAAAUGACACGCAAUAAAUAGUCGGGCAGACAGAAACAACAACAAGGAAUGGCCUGUGCCAACGCCAACUGGUCCGAAGAGAACUUUUCAUGUUCCAUCUGUCUGGAUGUGUUCAACAGUCCAGUCUCCACACCAUGUGGACACAACUUCUGCAGAACCUGUAUUACAAAGUACUGGGAUGGACAAGUCAAGUACAAAUGUCCUGUUUGCAACGAGCUUUUCAACACAAGACCUGAUUUACGGGUCAACACCCUCCUAUCAGAGAUGGUUGAUCGGUUUGGAACGUCCGUACGAGUAAAAGAGCAGCCUUGUGUUGAACCAGCAGAAGUUCUCUGUGACUUCUGUACUGGGACCCAGAAGCAGGCUGUGAAGUCCUGCCUAGUGUGUUUUACCUCUUACUGCCAAACCCACCUGGAGCCACAUCAGAGAGUCACAGUCCUGAAGAAACAUCGGCUGGUCGAGCCUAUGGACCGUCUGGAAGACAGGAUGUGUACGAAACACGACCGACUUCUAGAGCUCUUCUGCCAGACCAAACAGGUGUGUGUGUGUCAGUUGUGCAUAGAGACAGACCACAAGUCCCAUCCUGUUGUACCUCUAAAGGAGGAAUAUGAAGUGAAGACGGCCCAGCUGAGGAAGAUAGAGGCUGAAGUUCAGCAGAUAAUCCAGGAGAGAAAAAAAAAUAUCCAGGGGAUAAAAGACACAGUUAAACGCAGCAAAGCAGACGCAGACAUAGCUGAUGGUGUACAGGCCCUCGCCGCUUUGAUGCGCUGCAUUGAAAAGUGCCAGGAUGAUCUCAACAAAAUGGUUAAAGAGAGACUGAAAUCCACAGAGAAACAAGCUGAAGGCCUCAUCAAAGAGCUGGAACAGGAAAUAGAAGAUCUGACCAAUAGAAGCUUAGAGGUGAAGCAGCUCUUACACACUAAUGACCACCUCCACUUCCUCCAGGCCUUCAGAUCCCUGAAGGAUCCUCCACCCACCAGGGACUGGACGACGGUGGAGGUCCGUCCUCCGUCAUACGUAGGGACCUUGAGGAGAUCCCUGGAUCAGCUGGAGGAGACACUGAACAUGGAGAUGAAGAAGCUGCGUGAUGCUGAACUGAAGAGGGUCCAGCAGUAUGAAGUAGAUGUGACUCUGGAUCCUGAUACAGCCCAUCCCAAUCUCAUCCUGUCUGAGGAUGGGAAACAAGUACAUGAUGGAGAUGAAGAGAAGGAACUCCCUGACAACCCUAAGAGAUUUACACUGUGUGUAAAUGUUCUCACGAGGCAGAGCUUCUCCUCAGGGAGAUUUUACUUUGAGGUCCUGGUUAAAGACAAGACUGGAUGGGAUUUAGGCGUUGCCAGAGAGUCCGUCAAAAGAAUAGGUAAAAUCAUAUCGUCCCCUGAGAGGGGUUACUGGACUAUUAAAUUCAACAAUGGUGGGUUGGUAUUUAAAGAUAACCCUGCUGUCCGUCUCCCUCUGAGAGCUGAGCUCCAGAAGGUGGGGGUGUUUGUUGAUUAUGAUGAUGGUCUGGUCUCCUUCUAUGAUGUGGACGCCAGGGUUCAUCUCUACUCUGCUACUGGCUGCACCUUCAGUGAGCCUCUCUAUCCAUUCCUAUCUCCAGGUUUAAAUGAAGGAGGUACAAACUCUGCCCCUCUGAUCAUCUCACCUGUCAAUCAAUCAGACUAGGACCUUUGUUUGAUAACAAAAUAAUCAAACAACCACAACAAUUUAUGUUGUUUCAUGAAGUGUAAUCUGCUUUGUGAGUUCUGAGGGAACUGUAUUUAUAUUAUACUGUUUGUUGUCAUCUGACAAGGAGCAUUUCAUUAAGCAACUAAAAUAAACAUAACGUAACCCGUUAUAAUGAUUAAAAUACCCUUUGGUUCAAUGUAUGUUUAAUGAUGUCAAAUGGUUAAAGGUUGCAGUAAAGUAAAAUGUUGAAAAUGUGAAAUUUCCAUUUUUGUCAAAUAAUCGAUAUAUUUUUAGGAAAAAGAUUUUAACAGUUUAUUGUUCCAAAUAAUGUAUAACAGCACAUUCAAAUGUUUGUACACUUUUCA